GAAAAAUUUAUGAAAGAAGCGGAAUGGCGCAUGACUCUGUUUAUCCUAUCUCUAAGAAUCAUUUUGAAUUUCCUUAGAGAACGCCUCGUGCAAGUGAUUUAAUUUAGAUUUUAAUUUUUAUUAUGGCCGAAAGAAAGUGUUUAAUAUGUGGGGCUUCUGAGUCAGAAGUCCAGAGAUUAUUUUGUUUUCCAUACAACCCUGCAAGGAAUGAGUUGUGGAUGCAAACUCUGGGUUUAAAGCAUGUGCUGUAAGAAAGCAUCACAGAAUUUGCAACAACCAUUUCAGAAGGGAAGCUUUCACCGAUUCAAGUUUGCAGAAACUGAAUAGAAAUGCUAUUCCCAUGCCUUGGGUAAUCUCUUCUUCUGCAGCAAAUACAUUGGAAAGCAUGCCUUCCCUUAUUAAUGAGGAACAUGCUGGUACAUCAGGUAUAUCCACAUUCCCAGCGUCAGUUCUAGCUGAUGAGGUAGAACCUAACACUGAUGAGGAACAUGCUGCUGUAUCAAGUACUUCCACAUUCCCAUCAUCAGUUCCAGCUAAUGAGGGAAAAGCUUCUGUAACUGAAGAGAUACAUGCAGAUCUCAAUGAUCCGACUCCGAGUACUCCGGCAUUGCCACAGUCUCCAAUGUGGAGGAGAUCCCGUGAAUUUAGAAAUAUCGACAAUUUCCAUCUUUCAAAUUCGACACCAAGAAAGAAGAAAUUGGUCGAUAUACUACGGAGAAAGGAGGAUCAACUGCGGAAGGUGAAGGCUUUGUGCAGAAAAAGGAGUGCUGCUGUCAGUGAUAUCCUUGACAUUUCGAAUGAAAGGGUUGUGAAGAAUAUUUUUAAGGAUGUGCCAUCACUGACAGCCAAUUUGAUGGUGUCUCAAAUCAGAAACUAUAAAGUGAAGAAUGUUAAAGGAAGAAGAUGGUCGCUGGAGGACAAAAUAUUGGCACUAUCUCUCUUCAAGAGGAGUCCACGUUGCUACAAUCUCCUCCGAAAAUUUGCAUCCCUACCAUGCAAAAAUACCAUUCUUAAUUUGCUGAAGAAGGUUCCUUUCAAAGUUGGCAUAAACCAAAAUAUUUUUGACCAAAUUGAUCAAAAUCUUCCCCAAGGUAAGGAAAGAUGCUGUGUCCUUCUUUUUGAUGAGAUGGACAUUAAAGAAGCUGUCCAGUACGAUAGUAAGCAGCAACCGCACUUGGGGUACUUAGAUCUGACAUAA